GCUAAACCCUGAGACCUACUGACGCCACCGGGGCUUUAUGAAUGAACCAGAAGGAGGAAAUACUCCGUUUUCUUACUUUUACUUGGUGUAACUUUGCACUGCACUCCAAAGCGACUUUUAUUUCGCAGCUCAGGGAGGCACUGCGAUGCCCUCUGACUUCAUUUCGCUUUUCGGCUCGGAUAUCGACCUCCGUUCCCCCAAGUCUCUGUACUCUAAAGAGUCAGUGUAUGAUCUUCUUCCCAAAGAGUUGCGGUUGCCCCACUGUACUGACCAGAACAGCACAGCGAUGAGUCAGAAGAGUGGAGGAGGGAUGGGAUCUCCACCACCAGCAGCACUAGCUUCAGAUUCCUCCUCCGUCAUCUCUCCUAUGACCAUGAGAAGUCCCAGCAGUGCUUUUCCAACCUCUUCCAGCUUCGCCGUGCACUCCUCAGCCACAGAGCAUGAUGGCAGCACUCCAGAAGAUGCGGGUAGCCACAGGAAGUCAGAGAUGCUCUCCACUGAAGGCAAACCACCCAAAGGAUCCGAAGAAAAAGGUGGAGAAGGCUCUCAGCAACAACACCACCACCAGAUGACGCCCCCCAAAUAUCCAGUCUUAAACAUCUCGCCCCCACCAGAAGACCUGUUUGAUGACAGUCACGUGUCAGGAUGCCAGGAAGAGUCUCUCCACGGAGACUCGGAGCAGAGCAACAGCAUUUGGAUGGAAAACUCACUUUCCAACUUCAGUAUUAUGAGUUCUAGUUCCUACAAUGACAAUACUGAGGUUCCACGUAAGGCUCGAAAGCGCACCCCACGCCAGCGUCCAGGAGCAAAGCCCAAGCUUGCUGACGGUGCCAGCAUUGAUGUGUUUGAUGCCGACAGUGCCAAAGGCCCACACUUUGUGCUCUCCCAACUUAGCCCAGAAAACAAGGCAAGCUGCAAAGUAAGUUCGGAUGGAAACCAGACAUCUGUACAGAAAGGUGGAAUACUCUCUGGCCAGUACCCGCAGAAGGGUGAAGGAAAGGAGCUGAAGAUCCUGGUUCAGCCUGAGAGCCAGCACAGAGCCCGUUACCUGACCGAGGGCAGUCGGGGUUCUGUAAAAGACCACACCCAACAAGGCUUCCCUACUGUCAAGCUUGAGGGAAUUAAGGAGCCAGUGGUCCUGCAGGUGUUUGUGGGUAAUGACACUGGACGUGUGAAGCCUCACGGGUUCUACCAGGCCUGCAGAGUGACCGGUCGAAACACCACUGCCUGUAGAGAAGUGGACAUCCAGGGCACCACUGUCAUUGAAGUGCCACUGGACCCAAGCAAUAGCAUGACUCUUGCUGUGGACUGUGUGGGAAUUCUGAAGCUUCGGAAUGCAGAUGUGGAGGCUCGUAUCGGGGUGGCCGGAUCGAAAAAGAAAAGCACCCGUGCCAGGUUGGUGUUCCGGGUAAACAUCACCAGACCUGAUGGUUCAAUACUCACACUACAGACACCAUCUUCUCCCAUACUAUGCACCCAGCCUGCAGGAAUUCCUGAAAUUCUGAAGAAGAGUCUGCACAGCUGCUCAGUACAAGGCGGAGAGGAACUGUUCAUUAUUGGAAAGAACUUUCUCAAGGGAACCAAAGUCAUAUUUCAGGAGAAUGUCUCAGAUGAAAAAUCUUGGAAAGCUGAAGCUGAGAUUGACAUGGAGCUUUUCCAUCAGAAUCAUCUUAUUGUUACAGUUCCUCCAUACAAAAAUCUAGUCAUUACCUCCCCGGUUCCUGUCGGGAUCUAUGUGCUGACUAAUGCUGGACGUUGCCAUGAUGUGCAACCAUUUACGUACACUCCAGAGCCAGUUGCGGAUGUGAAAAAAGAGGCCGUCCUUUCAGUCAAGCCUUGUACUUUUGAGCAAAAAGUAAUUGACAGUGCCUUGGUAGUACCAGUCUUGCCUUUUGUCAAAACAGAAGAGGUUACUCCUAUGGAGGUUUCCAGUAACUCAGCAACUUUUAAGUCCUGUGAUCAUGUAAACCAGACCCAACAGACUUCUGUGGCCUGUCGACCACGAGAGCAAGAACAGUCUCAGAGUUCUGUUUUCCCUAACAAAGAAACAUUAAACCCUAAUCAGAAACCAGAAAGUUCAUCCAACACCUCCUUCCAGCAGUUCCUUCUAAAUACUGACAGUCUGGCACAGGAAAGGUCUGGAAGCACUUCUGGUACAAUAGUGGGAAUUUCCCAGAUGGAUGAUAGUCCACAGCACCAACUCUCUCUCCUACCUCCUGAUGAGGUGGCACAGCUUGAGCAGGCAGUGCGGCAACUUCAGGCUAAGGGCUUCUGCAACAUUCAGCUUCAUUCAGAGGAUUCACUGGCAAAGAGGCGGCAGCACCAGCUUCAGCAAAAUCAAGUUCAGCAGCAGCAGAUGCAGCAACAACACAAAAUCCAGCAGCACCAGAUUCAGCAACAGCAGCAGACACAGCAACAACAGAUCCAGCAGCACCAGAUUCAGCAACAGCAGCAGACAGAGCAACAGCAGAUACAGCAGCACCAGAUUCAGCAACAACAGCAGACACAGCAACAGCAGAUCCAGCAGCACCAGAUUCAGCAACAGCAGCAGACACAGCAACAGCAGAUACAGCAGCACCAGAUUCAGCAACAGCAGCAGACACAGCAACAGCAGAUACAGCAGCACCAGAUUCAGCAACAACAGCAGACACAGCAACAGCAGAUCCAGCAGCACCAGAUUCAGCAACAGCAGCUGCAACAACAGCAGACACAGCAACAGCAGAUGCAGCAGCACCAGAUUCAGCAACAGCAGCAGACACAGCAACAGCAGAUGCAACAGCACCAGAUUCAGCAACAGCAGCUACAACAGCAGCAGACACAGCAACAGCAGAUCCAGCAGCACCAGAUUCAGCAACAGCAGCAGACACAGCAACAGCAGAUCCAGCAGCACCAGAUUCAGCAACAACAGCUGCAGCAGCAGCUGCAACAGCAGCAACAACAUAUUCAGGAGCAGCAACAGAUGCAGCAACAGCAAAUGCAGCAGCAGCAACAGAUCCAGCAGCAGCAACAAGUUCUGGAAAACCUUCAACAUCAGCUUUUUCAUCCCCAGGUUCAAAUGCACUGCAGUUCAGAGCAGCAGGGAACCACACAAAGUAUUGUGGAAAACAGUGGUGCACUCUUUCAGCAACAGUCUUCACAGCAACAACAGCAGCAACAGGCUGCUAUGUUCCAACAAGCAAAAGAUCUUAUUUCCAUUCAAGCUGGGUUCCUUCAGCAAACAUCCACUCAUACUUCUUCCCCCAUGUUCCACGCCUCCAAUUCUUUGGCUGAGGCCCAAACCCCUCAGGAGACACAUUUCCACACACAGAAUACCUCACCCACCCAGGAGCAUGUUCAGGCCUCUCUUUUCCAGAAUCCAGUAAAUGUUCUGGAUGGGUCUAACCUGACCACAGAAUCUCAACAUUCUGCACCCAAUAUGUUUCUUCCUCAGAAUACCUUACCUGGCCAAUUUGCAGCAAAUAACAACCAGUCACAGCAGCUAGCUUUCCUUACCUCUAUGCAGAAAUCUGCCCUGGAGCCACAAUCUGUGUUCCAAGCCUCAACGCAACUUCCUCCCAUUCAGCAGGGCUCACCCAUGGAACAGCAGUCAACACACCAGGCCUCACAAUCCCAACCAGGCUCUCUCUUUCAGGGUAUCUCCCAGUCGCCAAUUACCAACCUUCCUGCUAACCAGCACCAGUCUGGGUUGGUCUUUAACUCUAUGGGCUCAGGAAUGGCACCAGAACAGCCUUCUAGCCUGUUGUUCAGUGGUCAGCCUCAAAUUCCUUCUUUGAACAGCAGUAGCCUAAUUUCGCCAGAGCCUCAAAACCCAUCAGUCUCCUUCUCUCAAAACAACAUGAUCACAAUCAGGCCAGAAGAACCUUCUGAACCCAUGUCAUUCCAGGAUCACAGCUCUGCUGUGAAUAAUCAGGCUGCAAGUAAGCAAGCCCUCUUCCAGGAACAACAACCCAUGCAACUUGCACCAAGUUCAGGCCCUGGCUCCCAGCCUUCUGUAAACCUCUUCAUAGCCCAGCCAGACAUGUCUAGGAGCAUUGUCCCACAAGAGGUUCUCUUUGUUGCUCAGAAUAAUGUGGCUGGACUACAGACCACCACCUCCUCACCGGUUCAACAACCUGGAUCCCUGUUUCAGACAACGAUAACUGGAGGCCUCAACCAGCCCAGCCAAAACCAUCAGCCAAACAUUUUCCUGUAUGAAAUCCAAAACGAAUGCAGUCAGCUGAUGAAUUCUGAAGGAAACACACUUUCUGACCAAAUCAUUGCUAUAAGCCAGUCUGGUCAGAAUCAGAGGGAAAGUGAUGGGCAGAUGCAUUCCUUACUCAACCCAUCCAUGACAGAAUCUGGAAAUGUACAGAAUGCGCUUACCACCUCUCAGAACAUGGAGAAGAUAGAUGACCUUCUAGUAAGCCUUCAAGAGCAAGGCAGCACUGUCUCACAUUCCUACUAGGACCAUAUAGAGCCUAAAGGAUAUGGAAAGAAGGCCAAAGUCAUUACAAUCAGUGGACAAAUUGUGUGUGAAUUAAUGUGCAGUGUCUAUCAUUGCUAUAAACACCACCUGGAGAAAGUAAAAAGAUAUAAAGGCUCAAAGAAUUACAAUAGUCAGGCCUUAGAGGGGCAGGCUGACUACAUACACACGAAUAUUUGAAGCUCUCCUGGCAUCAAGGACACCAUGCUGCAUAUUUUUGUAGUGGUAUUUGUAAAUGAAAAAUAUUAUAUAUGUAUUUUCUGUUCCUAAUGGAGACACAUUCUUUAGGAUUUUUUGAAGCUGUAUCAGACAGUACAUAUGGGUUUGGGUUUUGUGUGUGGGUUUUGUGUGUUAUUGUGUGUCAUGUUAUGUGCGGUCCCCAACCUUUUUUGCACCACAGGCUGGUUUCAUAUAAGAUAUAAUUUCACGGACUGGCGGGGAGGGUGGGUUUAAAGUAGAAUAACUAUAGAAUGGAAAAUCAGUGUGAAUCCUGAGCCUUUUUUGCUGCAACGAGAUGCUGCUCCCACCUAGUGGUGAUUGGAGACAAUAACACCCAAAGAGUACUGAAAAUUCGAUUGCUCUUGUAGCGAUCUCUAAUUAUUUAUUGUUUCUGUGCAUCCCAGUAAUAAAUGACCCACGGAGCGGUAUCGGUCCACAGCCCGGUGGUUAAAGACCACUGCUGUAGAGAAUAUGUUAACUAAUUUUUGGUUGUAAAAUCAACAAAACAUGGAAUUUGACCUUGGAGAUUCCUAAAUGAAAAUACUUGCUAAUAUUUUGACAUUUUGUCCUAAAAGCAUUUAAAUUAUUUAGCAUUGUGUUUGUUUAUUGUCACUAUAAAAUGAUUGGUAUGUUAUAUGGUGUAUGUAUAAAAUUUCCUGAAAUGUUACACCAAUUUUUGUUUCUAGGACAAAAAGAGUAUAUAGAAAUUGCGAUAUUGGAGAACACUAAUAAUAUAUGUUUCUAGAUGAUUCUAUGUGCUGUAUUUUACUGUUUAAUAGCGUCUGGCACGCUGGUAUUGGGCAGUUAGACUUUACAAUCUAAGAUAUUUUCUAGUCAUGCUUUCUGUAAUAAUCUUUGUCAUUAUUAUGGAUUUAAUGUUCUUGUAAUAACAUUGACAGUAAAAAUAUAAAUAGCAGAAUAUUACCAUUAGCAGAGGAUCAGUCAGAAGCCUCAUCUAAAGGGGCAAUACAGCACCAGCUUUUACACUACGUACAGUUGGCCAGUUUUAUGGCUGACAUAGGAUCACAAUGGUAGGAAAGGCUGCUGUCUUACAAAAGGAAGAAUAUAAUUAAGUUAGCAACAUUGUGCUCAAAUUCAAUGCCAGGCUUGUUGUAAAGCUGCCAAUCAUUUUUCUUUAAUGGUAGGUAAUGUGUGUCUGACCUCUGGGAGUCAGCUGAUAGAAUGUUCUUUGUAGUAUUUGUUUAGUUGCAUAGACUGCAGCAAUAGCUCAUUAGAGCUUCUACUGCCAAUAUACUGUAUUUUCUUUUCUGGAGACAACUUCACAUUGUUGACUAGUUUUAAAUAGCAACUAUUUUGACCUCUAUGUAGGUGAAGGACUGAUCUUUUAGAUCUGUAAAGGAGCACCCUGAUAGGGCAAAAGCUAUGAACUAUGAACUUGAAAUGAAGACAGCUGUCUGUGAUGGGUCUUUAUCUCUAUACAGUGUAAACUGUCAUUUAUUUUUUCUGUCAUUAAAUAUUUAUGUGAAUAUUUAA